CUGCCACUCCACACUCUCUUGCCAGUUGGUUCUGGCAGCACUUUCUUCCCUCUACCUCCCCCGCUUAACAUAUCUCCGAUCUCGGACAUCAUGGGAUAUACGGAUUUGGAUCGAUUGGCAAUCAACACCAUCCGGGUGUUAGCUGUCGAUGCCACUUCGAAAGCCAACUCCGGGCACCCAGGUGCCCCCAUGGGCCUGGCACCUACAGCCCACGUCCUCUUCAACAAAUUCAUGAGCUUCAAUCCUAAGAACCCUCAGUGGAUUAACAGAGAUCGCUUCGUCCUUUCGAACGGCCAUGGUUGCAUGCUGCAGUAUGCUCUCUUACAUUUGUUCGGCUAUGAAGUCUCUCUCGACGACUUGAAGAACUUCAGACAAGUUGACAGUAUCACCCCUGGCCACCCUGAAGCUCACGACACCCCCGGAGUGGAAGUGACCACUGGCCCUCUCGGUCAAGGUUUUGCGAACGCUGUUGGCCUUGCCAUCGCCCAAAAGCACACUGCCGCUGUGUUCAACAAGCCAGGAUAUGACCUCAUCAACAACUACACUUACUGCAUUUUCGGCGAUGGUUGCGCCAUGGAGGGUGUUGCCAGCGAAGCUGCCAGUCAAGCUGGACAUCUUCAACUUGGUAACCUGAUCUGCUUAUACGAUGAUAACCACAUCUCCAUUGAUGGCGACACCAAGAUUGCCUUCACCGAAGAUGUCAUGAAGCGCUUUGAAUCAUACGGCUGGCACACUUUACACGUCAAGGAUGGUGAUCACGAUCUCGAUGCCAUUGAGGCCGCCAUCGAAGAAGCCAAGAAGGUCACCGACAAGCCAACCGUGAUCAAGGUCACAACUACCAUCGGGUUUGGUUCCAAGCUCCAGGGAACUGGAGGUGUCCAUGGUAACCCUCUCAAGGCCGACGAUGCCCAGAACGUCAAGAAAAUCUUUGGUUUCAAUCCCGAACAGAGCUUCGUUGUCCCUCAAGAGGUUUAUGACCUGUACCACAAACAUUCCGCGGAGGGAGCUGCCAAGGAGCAAGAGUGGAACAUCCUCUUCCAGAAAUAUAAGUCUGAGUAUCCCGAACUCCAUGCUGACUUCACGCGCCGUCUCACCGGGAAGCUCCCGGAGGGUUGGGAGAAGAACCUACCCACUUACAAGCCAUCUGACCCACCAGUCGCUUCUCGAAAACUCUCUGAAGCCGUCCUCGAGAGAAUUCACGAUGCCGUUCCUGAACUCUUGUCAGGCUCGGCUGAUUUGACAGGUUCUAACAACACAAGAUGGAAGAAUGCCAACGAUUUCCAGCCUCCUAGCCUUGGAAUCGGGGACUGGGCCGGUCGCUACCUCCGCUACGGUGUCCGUGAGCAUGGUAUGGCUGCCAUCAUGAACGGUAUCGCGGCAUAUGGUACCUUGAUCCCAGCUGCUGGUACUUUCUUGAACUUCGUCUCUUAUGCUGCCGGCGCUGUCCGCCUUUCCUCCUUGUCUCAAGUUCGUGUGAUUUAUAUCGCCACCCACGAUUCCAUUGGCUUGGGAGAAGACGGCCCUACUCAUCAGCCCAUUGAGACGCUUGCUCAUUUCCGUGCCUUGCCAAACAUGAUGGUCUGGCGCCCAGCUGAUGGCAAUGAGACAAGUGCUGCCUACUACUCUGCUUUAACUUCUAAGUCAACACCAAGCAUCCUUGCUCUGACCCGCCAAAACCUCCCUCAUUUGGAAUCGUCUAGCAUUGAGAAGGCUCUCAAAGGUGGAUACGUGGCGCUCGAGGCUGAGAAUGCAGACAUUACCGUUGUCAGCACGGGUUCUGAGGUCAGUCUCUGCAUCGACGCCGCCAAAUACCUGAAAGAAAAGCACAACAUUACUGCUCGCGUUGUUUCGAUCCCGUGCUUUGAGAUCUUCGAUGUUCAGCCCAAGGAAUACCGUCUCCAGGUCAUUCCCGACGGUAUUCCUUCCCUCAGCGUUGAGGUUAUGUCUACGAUGGGCUGGGAACGAUACUCUCACGAGCAGUUCGGCUUGAACCGCUUCGGAGCAUCCGCCCCUUACAAGGAAGUUUACAAGAAAUUCGAAUUCACCCCAGAAGGUAUCAGCAAGCGUGCUCUCGCGACCAUUGAUUUUUACAAGGGCUAUAAGGUCCGAUCGCCAAUCAAUCGUGCGUUCAAGCAAAUCAUCUAGAUUUAUUACUCCCAGUUUGGGUGAUAGAUGAGUUUUAGUCUAGAUAGCAUGCUAUUGCUGCUUUAGGCGCUUCUCAGAGAAAAAAAAAGAAGAAACAGUACCCACCGAAGGAAAAUACCUAUUCUGUGUUACCUACGUUGAACAGCUGAUUGGCGAAGCUAUUCACGCUGUGGCUGGAUAAUUGAUAAGAUAUGUUGAGGAUGUCCGUUCAGUUUCUUUUUCUGCUUCCUACCUUCAGUAGACAGACACCGUGAAUAGAAGCAGAAUUAUCAUUAUCA